AUGCCUGGCUGCUUUAAAAAGACAUUGUUUGCACUGGCUUCUGCAAUGAGCUUUGUGUCUUUUAUCUUGAUUGUUGUUGCGAUGGGAACCCAAAAGUGGAUAACUGGAAAAAUUCUUUGUAAAACAGGAGCUGACUUGGUCAAUGCCACAGAUCCAGAACUAGUCAAGUUCAUUGGAGAUAUUUACUAUGGACUCUUUCGUGGGGGCAAAGUACGACAGUGUGGGUUGGGUGGGCGGCGGUCCAAAUUCACACUCUUCCCACAUCUGGUCAAAAAGCUGAAUACAGGCCUUCAUGUGAUGAUUAUAAUCUUCCUAUGUGUCGCCAUUUCUUUUGCUCUGAUCAGUUUUGGAUUCUGCAUUCUCAACAUAAUCCAGGUUCCAUAUCAAGCUAUUAAAGGUCCAGCAGGUAUAUGCCUAUGGAAUUUACUUGCAGGUGGCUUUACAGCAUUGGCAGUCGCUAGCUUUAUAGCUGCUGUUAAACUUCAUCAUCUCACAGAAAGAAUUGCCAAUUUCCAGGAAAUUUUUCAGUUUGUAGUCUUGGAAGAACAGUAUGAAGGCUCUUUUUGGCUUUGUGUGGCAAGUGCUACAGCUCAUGGAGUAAAUUUGUUGCUAAUAGCCCUAAGUGCAAUUCGCUUCCCUGAAUUUAAGACUAAAACAGAAGAGGCAAAUGUUACAGCAGAAGACAUCAUGUACUAA